AGUCAAACUGAACUGAUAUGUCCAUUUUUAGUAGAUUAACAAAAACACCUGUGCUUUAUUUUUUUUUGCUUGUAUGUGUCCAUCAGUGUGCAUGUGUGACAGUGUGCAUGUCUCAGUGCAGAAGGAAAAGCAGUAUGCAAUCCUCUUCCAGUCCGUGGUCCUCUCGUGUCAGUACCAGACGUCCUCCGUCCAGCUCCCGGUGGUGCAGUGGUGGUACAAGUCCUACUGUCGAGACCGCACGCAGGAGUCCUUCUCCCUUUCGGAGACCCUGGGCAUCAAGACCUCAGCGCUGGGACCCAAGUCCCACCUGGAGUGCUCCGACAACACCCGCACAGUUCGGGUAGUGGCAUCGUCCCAGGGAGCCUCCAUGACGCUGGCUGAGCACUACAAAGGCAGAGACAUCAGCAUCAUAAACAAAGCAGACCUGCGUAUUGGGGAGCUGCAGUGGGGCGACAGCGGGGUGUAUUUCUGCAAAGUCGUGAUCGCUGAUGAUCUGGAGGGGAAGAACGAGGAUCAGGUGGAAUUACUGGUGCUCGGCCGGACAGGUGAGCAGCAAGAUCUACUCCCUGAGUUUGAUUUGGAGAUUAUGCCAGAAUGGGCGUUUGUGGGAUCUGUAGUCCUGGGCAGCAUCUUGCUCCUGCUGUUGUUGGGGAUCUGCUGGUGCCAGUGCUGUCCUCACUCCUGCUGCUGCUACGUCCGCUGCUGCUGCUGCCCUGACACUUGCUGCUGCCCACGACACCUGUAUGAAGCGGGGAAGAUGGCAAAGAGCAGACAGCCUGCUGCUCAGGUCCCUGUGUAUCCCUAUUACAUUCCUGGUAUACCUACUGUGGUCCCUGUGGCCUCUUCCUCUUACACGGACACAAAGAUCAACUCGAUCCCCUCAGUGGAGAAUAACCUGUCUGGAGCAGCCAGGAGCGUAUCAGAGCUCAGCUCGCUUCAUGAUGGAGGGACUACAGACUUCAGAAACACCUUUCAGGCGGUCCAGAUGAAAGCACUUCCACCUAUCGCAGACCUCGAUGACCUGUCGGUGCGGAGAGCAGCUCCACCUACACAAAGCCGAAGACUCAGACAAGACAGAAUUAACCACUCAGAUGAUGAACUGGACCGCAGGUGGAACUGCCGAUCAGAGAACCUGCAGAGAAAGACGUUGGGCAGAAGAGGGCGCACGGGCUCUCUGGAUGAGCUGGAGGAAUUCGCUCGGUCUUAUAGCACACAUGGACGUCGGGGUGCGCCAUCAGACCGGCCUUAUGAGCGGGAUUACAGCCCUCCCAGGCGCUCCUAUAGAAAUGAACAUGAUGGCUGGGGGCGCCGCAGCCCGUCACCAGUACUGCAAAAGAGAAGAGACACAUGGGACAGUGAUCGCCCGUCUCGACUGCCCCAAAGCAGAGCCUAUGAUGACGCCUUGCUCAACAGCAUGCUUGAGAGUAAAACGAGGGGCCGGGGAAGGGACAGAGGUGCUGGGAGGAUGGACGAGGACAGUGACACUCCCUCUAAAGGCAGCUCCAGAGGAAAGGGCAGCGAUAGUUAUUACAGCCGUUCACCUAGCAACCGCCCAGAAGAUGAGGACUCUUUGCCUCCGUACUCUGAGCUCGAGGCUGAGAGAUACCGCAGGGCUGACCAAACUACCGAGCGGUACCGCACAGCAGAACCUCCCAGAUCAGAGAGGUACAGGACCACAGAGGCAGCCAUGAAGCCCUUCUCUUAUACCCGUCCCAACCAGGGAAUGUCCCACACACUGCAAGGGGGCAGAGAGGAGAGAGAAAGGAGCAGAAAUCUGAGCACUGCACUGAGCAGGGACUCACUCAUAGUGUGACAGGGUCUCCAGCCUGGACCCAGCACAGCGCUGCCAGCCUGUGCAUUAAAACUGUCCUGCAGCUGCGCAGGAGAUGCUAACUGUUACAGCUCCAACCACAGCAAGUCAGGCUCAUCUCACUGAAAUAACAUCACUGAAAAACGUCAGUAAUGAAUCCUGAGGAAAAAGUGGAUUUAAUAUUUGUGUUUUUGUACAUGCAUAUCAUAUUUUAUUUGUUUGUUUGUUUUUUAAAUUUGUCUUACUUUGUAUUUCAAUGAUGUAACUGGACUCACACUGGUGCCAAGGACAGAUUUUGUAUUUUAUUUUUUUGUUAUUCAAACAUUUUAGAACAGCAACCAAGCAGCCUCCAGCUUCCAUACUUCUCUACUACUCUCCAGCUCAGGUUUACUUUGUAUUUUUGCUUUUGUCUGUUGUUACCUGUGUUCCUGGAAAUACUGCGCCUUGAAUUUGUACUACAGAUUGCAAUUGCACUGCUUAAUAACUUUUUAAAUAAAGUAAACUUUGCUAUA